AAAGAGAGAAUGAAUUUGCCUAAAUGGCAACAGAUUAUUCGCAUACUUCGCUAGGUGCCAUAACUCCGCGCAUAUAAUGAAAAGAACUCGCCCCCUUUAUCCCAGUGCUAAAAAGCUACAGCACUCACUACUCAGCAGCUGCCAUUAUAGUUCACACGAUCAUAAACACACUUAUCUCUACAAAUCAACGCUAAAAAGUUCAGUUAAUGCUCCGUAGCUCUGCCCCGCCAGCUCUUCCUAUCUCUAACCCGGAAAAGGAAAACCAAAUAAGGUAGCAUGUGGAUGCGUUUGUAGACACCAGGAGAAAAUAUAUUCAAGUAGUGAUUAAAGAUGGCCUUUAAGCCAUUGGAUUGGUAUUGUCACCCGGUAAAGAAUGGAGUUUGGUCAAAAGUGGUGGAGAAUGCAUUCGGAGCGUAUACCGCUUGUGCAACCGACUCACUGGUCAUCUCUGCUUCCCAUCUUCUGGUUUUGGCAUUGUGCCUUUACAGGAUAUGGAAGAUGAAUAAAGAUUCCACCGUCCAGAGGUUCCGCUUAAGGUCCAACUAUUAUAACUAUAUGCUGGGUUUGCUGGCUUCUUAUUGCACUGUUGAACCCUUGUAUCGAUUAGCAAUGGGAAUGUCAUUGCUGAAUGUUGAUGGACAGACUAGUAUUGCUCCGUACGAGACAAUAUCUCUCAUCAUUGAAUCUCUCACAUGGGGCUUUAUGCUGGUGAUGAUUGGUCUUGAAACAAAUGUGUACAUUUAUGAACUUCGCUGGUAUGUUAGAUUUGGAGUCAUUUAUGCAUUGGUGGGGGAUGCAGUGAUGUUCAACCUCGUGCUAUCUGUCAAGAAGUUCUACAAUGGGUCCAUACUGUAUUUGUACACAAGUGAAGUUGCAGUCCAGGCAUUAUUUGGUCUGCUCCUUCUUUUAUAUUUUCCUCAAUUGGAACUGUAUCCGGGGAUUUCGGGCUACUCUGUGCUUCGGACUGAAUCGGUUGACAACACAGCAUAUGAAAAACUCCCUGGUGAAGAGGAGAUUUGUCCAGAAAGGCAUGGCAACCUAUUGUCCAAAGUUACUUUUGCAUGGAUGAACCCUCUUAUGCAACUUGGUUACAAGAGACCUCUCACAGAAAAGGAUAUAUGGAAACUGGAUACUUGGGAUAGGACAGAAACACUCAAUAAUGUGUUUCAAAAAUGUUGGGCUGAGGAGUCUCAAAGGCUACGCCCAUGGCUUUUGAGAGCAUUAAAUAGCAGUCUUGGGGGAAGAUUUUGGUGGGGAGGCUUCUGGAAGAUUGGAAAUGACGUGUCCCAGUUUAUUGGGCCUCUUAUGCUGAAUCAACUAUUACAAUCUAUGCAAGAAGGAGGUCCAGCAUGGAUUGGCUACAUCUAUGCAUUUACAAUUUUUCUUGGAGUGGUCUUCGGUGUGCUGUGUGAAGCCCAAUACUUCCAAAAUGUCAUGCGUGUUGGAUAUCGCUUGAGAUCAACCCUGGUAGCUGCAGUUUUCCGCAAGUCAUUGAGGCUAACUCACGAGAGCCGGAAGCGGUUUGCAACCGGAAAAAUAACUAACUUAAUGACCACUGAUGCCGAGUCCCUACAGCAAAUAUGCCAAUCACUGCACACUUUAUGGUCUGCUCCUUUUCGGAUUGUCAUUGCAAUGGUUCUUCUAUACAUUCAGUUGGGAGUUGCAUCUCUACUUGGUGCAUUCAUGCUUGUUUUACUGUUCCCUAUUCAGACUUUAGUAAUAAGCAAGAUGCAGAAAUUGACAAAAGAGGGAUUGCAGCGCACUGACAAGAGAAUUGGAUUAAUGAAUGAAAUACUGGCCGCAAUGGACACAGUAAAAUGCUAUGCAUGGGAGGACAGUUUCCAAUCAAAGGUUCAGGGGGUUCGGGAAGAGGAGCUAAGUUGGUUUCGUAAAGCACAAAUGCUAGGAGCAUUGAACAGUUUCAUAUUGAACAGCAUUCCAGUUUUUGUGAUUGUGGUCUCGUUCGGGGUGUUCACUUUACUUGGUGGGAAUCUAACACCUGCAAGGGCAUUUACAUCUCUAUCUUUAUUUGCAGUGCUACGCUUUCCGCUUUUCAUGCUUCCCAAUAUCAUAACACAGGUAGUUAAUGCGAACGUAUCCUUGAAACGUCUCGAGGAACUUCUUUUAGCUGAAGAGAGGGAACUUCUGCCCAAUCCACCUCUUGAGCCCAGUUUUCCAGCCAUUUCAAUUAGAAACGGUAGCUUUUCAUGGGAAUCGAAGGGAGAUAAACCAACUUUAUCAAAUAUCAAUUUGGAUGUUCCAAUUGGAAGUUUAGUAGCAAUUGUAGGCGGUACUGGUGAAGGAAAGACAUCACUCAUAUCAGCAAUGCUUGGGGAGAUUCCUGCUGUUACAGAUUCAAGUUUUGUCGUGAGAGGAACUGUUGCUUAUGUGCCACAAUUAUCAUGGAUUUUCAAUGCCACGGUGCGUGACAACAUACUAUUUGGUUCAAGAUUUUCACCAGCAAGGUAUGCUAAAGCGGUUGAUGUGACUGAACUACAGCAUGACCUUGAACUUCUCCCUGGUGGUGAUCUUACUGAAAUUGGAGAAAGAGGAGUCAACAUUAGUGGAGGGCAGAAACAAAGAGUUUCUAUGGCUAGAGCUGUUUAUUCUGAUUCUGAUGUUUACAUAUUUGAUGACCCCUUAAGUGCACUGGAUGCUGAUGUUGGCCGCCAGGUUUUUGAGAAAUGCAUCCGGGGAGAAUUAAGAGAAAAGACCAGAGUGUUGGUCACGAACCAGUUGCAUUUUCUAUCACAAGUAGACAAAAUUAUAUUGGUGCAUGACGGUAUGGUGAAAGAAGAAGGAACUUUUGAAUAUCUCUCAAAUAAGGGUGAGCUAUUCCAAAAACUGAUGGAAAAUGCUGGAAAGAUGGAGGUUUUUACGGAUGAAAGCAAAAUUUUGGAUGUUGGUGAUAAAACCUUAAAUCCUGUUGCUAAUGGUGAGGUUAAUACCAACAACAACAUCCAAGCCUUAGUCCCUAAAGAGUUUGGAGUCGGCAAAUCUGUUCUUAUAAAACAGGAAGAGCGGGAAACAGGUGUCGUGAGUUGGAAAGUUUUGAACAGGUAUAAGGAUGCUCUAGGAGGCGGGUGGGUAGUUAUGAUAUUGUUGAUGUGCUACAUCUCAUCUGAAUCUCUUCGAAUUGGAAGCAGUACAUGGUUAAGUAUUUGGACUGAUGAGACCAGUUCAAUGCGAUAUAGUGCCAUGUUCUACAACAUGAUCUAUGCAGCUCUAUCCUUUGGUCAAGUGUUGGUAACCCUUACCAAUUCAUUUUGGUUGAUCACUUCAAGCCUUUAUGCUGCUAGAAGGUUGCAUACUGCCAUGUUGAAUUCCAUCUUAAGAGCUCCAAUGGUCUUCUUUCACACGAAUCCACUCGGGAGGAUUAUCAAUAGGUUUGCUAAGGAUCUAGGAGACAUAGAUCGGAAUGUUGCACCAUUUGUCAAUAUGUUUAUGAGCCAAGUUUCCCAACUCAUUUCCACAUUUGUGCUAAUUGGUAUAGUUAGCACAAUGUCUUUGUGGUCCAUAAUGCCACUCCUAGUCUUGUUUUAUGGUGCUUACCUUUAUUAUCAGAGCACUGCCCGUGAGGUAAAGCGCUUGGAUUCCAUUUCCAGAUCUCCUGUAUAUGCACAAUUUGGAGAAGCACUGAAUGGUCUCCCAACUAUACGUGCUUAUAAAGCUUAUGAUCGAAUGGCCCACAUUAAUGGGAAAUCCAUGGACAAUAAUAUUAGAUUCACUCUUGUGAACAUGAGUGGAAAUCGUUGGCUUGGAAUUCGUCUGGAGACAUUGGGGGGCCUUAUGAUUUGGCUCACUGCAACAUUUGCUGUGGUGCAGAAUGGAAGAGCAGAAAAUCGAAUGGCUUUUGCAUCCACUAUGGGAUUGCUUCUCAGUUAUGCCUUGAAUAUUACAAACCUACUAACUGGAGUGUUAAGAGUGGCUAGUAUUGCUGAGAAUAGUUUAAAUGCUGUUGAGCGAGCUGGCACAUACAUAGAAUUGCCUUCAGAAGCACCUGCUAUUGUUGAGGGCAAUCGCCCUCCUCCAGGAUGGCCCUCGGCGGGAUCCAUUAGAUUUGAAAGUGUUGUCUUACGCUAUAGGCCUGAACUUCCUCCCGUUUUGCAUGGUAUAUCAUUCACUGUUCCACCUAGUGACAAGGUUGGGGUGGUUGGGAGAACAGGAGCAGGAAAAUCGAGCAUGUUAAAUGCUUUAUUCAGACUUGUGGAACUGGAAAGAGGAAGGAUCAUUAUUGAUGAUUGUGAUGUUUCAAAGUUAGGAUUGAUGGACCUCCGUAAGGUUCUUGGUAUCAUACCACAGUCACCUGUUCUGUUCUCAGGUAGUGUUAGAUUCAACCUUGAUCCAUUCAAUGAACACAAUGAUGCUGAUCUGUGGGAGGCUUUAGAGAGGGCGCAUCUCAAAGAAGUGAUCAGAAGGAGCUCUUUGGGUCUGGACACUGAGGUUUCAGAGGCAGGAGAAAAUUUCAGUGUUGGGCAGAGGCAACUACUAAGUCUUGCCAGAGCAUUGCUUCGCAGAUCAAAGAUCCUAGUCCUUGAUGAAGCAACAGCUGCUGUUGAUGUUAGAACCGAUGCUCUUAUACAGAAAACCAUAAGAGAAGAAUUUAAAUCGUGCACAAUGCUGAUUAUUGCUCACCGUUUGAAUACAAUCAUUGAUUGCGAUCGAAUUCUUCUUCUUCAUUCGGGUCAGGUCUUGGAAUAUGAUACUCCAGAGGUGCUUCUACGAAAUGAGGAAAGUGCAUUUUCUCGUAUGGUUCAAAGUACAGGGACGGCUAAUGCUCAGUACCUGCAAAGUUUAGUUCUUAGUGGUGGACGUGAUAUGAAAGCCGAUAUGGAAAAACAGCUAGAUGGGCAAAGGAGAUGGUUAGCCUCUUCCCGCUGGGUUGCUGCCACCCAGUUUGCAUUGGCUGUAAGCCUAACUUCAUCGCAGAAUGACCUUGUGCAAUUGGAAGUUGAAGAUGGUGAUAAUAUCCUCAAAAGAACAAAGGAUGCCGUAAUCACUUUACAGGGAGUGUUAGAAGGGAAGCAUGACACAUUGAUUGAAGAGACUCUGGAUCAUCACCAUGUUUCCAGAGACAGAUGGUGGUCUUCUUUAUACCGAAUGAUUCAAGGUCUUGCAAUGAUGAGUAGACUGGCUCCUAGCAAACUGCAUCAUGGAGAGCUUGUUUUUGAGGAAAAAACCAUUGACUGGGAUAAUAGUCAGAUGUAGGAGUAGAGCGCACUCAUUCAAGGUUGAAAAUGAACUUCUCCCAAAAAUGCCUUUUAAGUGCUUUCUAUCUUUCAAUAAGAAAAUGCUUUCUGAAAUGCUGCAAGUGUUGUUACACAGAUAGAUAAGUGGACUAAAAUCGUGGUUUUAAUUUGUUAGAAAACGCUUUAGUCAUCAAAAUCGUUUGAUUAUUUCAUAAUUACAUAUUGGGGCGUGGGUUAAUUCGCCAAAGGCACACUUGGGUCUUGAAUAAUGGUGCAUUAAUUCCUCCGUUUUUAUUAUACCAGACUAGAAAUCUGGUUUCUGUUGGUGGGUUGGGCGUAUGAGGCUUUGCAUGAUGUUUGAGAAGCAUACAUUUUUAUUGUUAAAGAACUACUAUGUCCGAUCCACUAACAUUAAGACAUUAAGAAGUGGUACGUUUAUUAAGAAAAUGGGUUUAUGUGAUUGAUAUUGAA